GUCGUGUUGUUUCGUGUCUUUUCUCUCUCGUUUCCUGUCUGUCUUGGGAGUCUGCAGCGUGUUAGGUUUAUCAUUAUGCCUGUGCCCGUUAUGGAAAAUGGAAAAUCAAUAAUGGACAGUACAACUUAUGGUCGAAUGGCUGAUUGCAGCAGUCAUGAAGAAUUAUGUUACACUGGACUAGAGCAGACUCUGCGAACUGAUAUGUAUGCUCCAACUGCAGAAAACACAAUUGUUAUUCAAGUGAACCAUGGAGAAACUUUCACGAUACAAAGUGAGGAUGGAACAUAUCGUAGUUACCGAGGUCCUGCUGAUGUACCUAUGACAUCCCACAAUGGAAUAAUCCCCACCAUAUAUGCACCACCGGGCUACAUAUCACAGGUUAUUGAAACCAAUGGAGAAAGGCGAGUUGUUGUUCUUCAUGAAAACCAUUCUAAUACUUUUAACCGCAACCAAAAUAAUGAUCCAAUCGUCCCCACCACUUAUCAACAUCGAGCAGUUCAACCACUACAUGCAUCCGUAAGUCAAGUUUUACCAGGCAGUAGUGAAGAGCAACUUGCAUAUGUACAGCGGCCAUUGUUUGCCUCAAAAGAUUGUAAUGUUUACGAUUCCAUUCGUGAUUGGUUGAGUGCUGUUUCCAAACCACAGGUGAAAACAGUGGAAGCAAGGAGUGUAUUGGUAUGUUGGGACCCGCUGCUACAUAUGAAUGAAAGCUUUCAUAUUAACCAAACUAACAUUGUGUACAAGUUGUGCCUCGGUGAUAUAAAGAAUGGGCCAUGUAACUUCAGUGACAUAUACUGUGGCAAGGAGUUGGAAAGAAUGGUUACUGAUCUAAGACCAGCAACAAAUUAUUGUCUCAGAUUGCAAGCAUUAUAUUUAAAGCACAGUGGAGAGUUUUCUCAAGUUACUGAGUUUCGUACAUUAAGUUGCCGACCAGAUACACCCGCACCACCCAAGGUUGCAAGCAAAAACAAGAAUUCUUUGCUUUUAAAGUGGAUGACACCAAAUGAUAAUGGAGAAAAAAUAUUUCGUUAUCAUCUUGAAUGGGAUGGUGGAAACUCCGGCUCAGCAUUUACAUUGCUCUACCAAGGACAUCAGAAACAAUAUAAAGUUGUUCGAUUGAAACCAUCGCAAGAAUACAAGUUUCGACUGGCAGGGGAAAAUAAAAUAGGGAUUAGUGAAUGGAGCACAGUAGUGAAGUUUCACACACAAGAUUCUGUACCAGGUCGGCCAGAAGCACCCAGGUUGACAAAAGCAAUGGUAAACAGUUUAACAUUAGAUUGGAAGAAGUCUGGAUCAAAUGUUACUGGUUACACCCUUGAAAAAUAUGAUGAGUCAAAUGACUAUGGGUUCAUGCCAGAAUUCGAUGGUUUGGAUACCAAAUUUAUCGUCAAAGAUUUAGCGCGUAGCUCACAUUAUAGAUUCAGGUUAUGUGCAUACAACAAGGAAGGUUGUAGCAAAUGGAGCGACAUUGUAUCGUUUGUUACAUGUCCAGAUGUCCCAUCUCCCCCACCCAAACCUUUCGUUGUUGGGAAAGUAAAUUCAAAAUUCUGUAAAAUAUCAUGGGAUACACCACAUGAUGAUGGAGGUUCACCAGUCAACAAUUACAUUGUUGAAAUGUCACAAGAGAAGAACAAACCAAUGGAUGUUGUUUACACUGGUUUGAACAAGGAAUGUCUUCUUGAUGAAUUACAUCCAGGUCAUUCGUAUCGUGUUCGUGUCUUCUGUGUCACACUCGGUGGUCGAAGCUUACCAUCCGAUGUAUUAUCUUUCACCACUUCUCCUGUUGUGCCGGGUGUAUGCAACCCACCCAUGCUUGCUAUGCGACCAAAGGCUACGUGUAUUAAUAUUAAAUGGAAAUCACCUUUGUACACUGGAGGGGCCAAUGUGACCUCAUAUGAUGUUCGUUGUAUCCCAACCAAUGAAAUGGGGUCACGUGAACCAAGCAUGUCAUAUUCUGGCAAAGAAACUGAUGCUCUUGUCUCGAAUCUUAAACCAGGAACCAAAUAUUCAUUUUCACUGCGUGCGCUCAACUGUGUUGGGGCUGGUGAGUGGUCUGAAUGGUUAGAAGUGGUAUCAAGUGCUUCUGCACCAGACAAACCAGACGUACCAUGUGUUGUAUGUAUGGAUUCUACUACUGCUCGACUCUCAUGGAUGAAUACACCUGAUAAUGGAUCGUCUAUCAGUGGAUAUGAAAUAAACUGGGGAAGUGUUGAAAGUUCACUGACCUCAUAUUUCACUGAAUCUGUUACUUCUUACACCAUCCAUGGUUUAACACCAAACACCUUGUAUUACUUUACCUUGCAAGCAGUGAACAAAGCUGGCAAAAGUGUUGUGUCCGAUGUUGGGCAAGUGAUCACACCACACGAUGUGCCUCACAUGGUGACCAAUAUAAAAGUGGUUAGUGUUGAUGAUGCGUUCAAUAUUUCUUGGGAUGAACCACAAAACAAUGGCUCAAUUAUUACUUUAUACACCUUGUACUUAAAACACGAAGAUGGUAACGAAGAAGUUAUAAAUGUUGAUGUCGAAACAAAGGAAUAUCUCGUCAAUGAUUUUAUACCAGAUACUACAUACAGGAUAAAGGUUUCUGCCAGAAAUGAGAUUGGAGAAAGUCCGAUAAGUCAACCAGUUGUUUAUCAAACAAAUCCAACACGACCUGAACCACCAACAUUAACCUGUGUUCAAUAUUCUGCCACUAGUUUAAAGCUAAAUUGGGGAGAAAAAUCAAACAAAGCAGUUUCAUAUUUGCUGCAGAUAAGGGACAAACAUGGAAGGUUCAUUACAAUAUACCACGGUUCAAGCUGCAACUAUCGCAUAAACAGAUUGGCAGAAAACACAUCUUAUAAAUUCCGUAUCAAUGCUACCAAUAAAGAAGGACCUGGACCAUUUUCGAUUGAGUAUUCUUUCACCACAACCAUACUGUGUCCAGGAACUAUGGAACCACCUACCGUAAACAAUAUAACUUCAAGUACAUGUGAAAUAUCAUGGAGUGCAUGUGAUGUUACGAAGGGAGAUGAUAUUAAGUAUAGACUUUGUUUGGAAGAUGGUUCAACAACCAAGGUGAUGAUGUACAGCCAGUGUUGCUGCUUGCUUGACUAUUUAGAACCAACUACGAAAUACAAAGUGCGUGUAGCUGCUGUUCGUGUGGUCAGCAAUGAAUCAAUGUUGGUUGGUCCCUACAGCGUGGUUACAUCCUUUCAAACCCCAUCCCAUUCCUCUGAUGAUACAAAUCUACUGAGUGAAUCACCCUCUAAGCAAACAAAUUGUAGCUCACAUGUGGCAGCAGAGAGCACAGAGUUCCACAUCAAUAGCAAACCUGAAUUUGUAUCUGAUGAAAGGAUGCCUGUUAUAUUAUUAGCGUUUUAUGUCAUUUCAGCCAUAAUGAUUGCGUUUAUUGCUCAAUUUGCAUUUAUUGAGUAAAAUUAAGUUUCUGCUUUAUGGUGUAUAUAGUACAAAUUUAUCCAUUUAUCAUGUCCAACAUGGGAAAAAUAUUUUAAAUUAGAUUUUGACAAAAUGAUAAAACUUGUUUAUUGUGGCUGAGUGCCUUAUGUUUUCAUAUGUGUCCUACAAUUUUAUGUUCUAGCUGUAACCACACAAGAGUUUCAGCUGUGUAGUGGACGUAUGGGUGCUAAUGUAUAAUAAUAUGUGUAUAUUUAUUGUUGAUAGUUGUUACUUGGUAAAGCAUGCUGCUGCUUCCAUGUAUACUCCUAGCUUUUACCGAUGAUUGGCUACAAUAUUUGUGCAAUCUUGUAUAUUCCGUUACAACUUAAAGUAUUACGUGAUAAGGGUCUUACUGCCGAUUCCGGCUGUGUUGAGAUAGUUUUAGUGCAAUGAAACAUUUUAACAACAUACAUUUUAUAUUACACUAUUUUUUAUUUUCUAACGUUUCAACCAUCUCAUCAAAGCGUGUCUUUUUGCCACAGGUGUUUCAUUAAAGUUUACUUACAAUUCGCCAGUCAUCUAUCAGUUCCUGCAUCAGUAACAUUUUUAUUUCGUACACUAAUUGUAAAAAACUAAUGUGUCAUUAGUGUAACAUAUGGUCGUAAUAUAUUUGUGUAUUACAAUAAACACACAGAAAAAAUGUGAAA